GGAGCCGCGGACCGGAAGAGCUAGACGGGCUGCAGUUCCGUAACGCCGCGCCAGGCGCUGCCCCUUUCACCCUGGCCAGGGAAGGGCAGCGCUAAGGGGCGGGAGGAGGCGUACAUGGGCGUGACCGGAACCUCGCUCCCUCCCCGACCCCCACCCGCGCUACGGAGCCGGGGCGGGAUGGCGCUGGCGAGGUCCCCGGCUGAGACCUUAUGGAGGGGCAGCAACUUCGUCAUGGCCGCCUUCUUUGCGCUGGCGGCCUACGUGCAGAUAAAUGACCCAGAUGCAGAACUGUGGAUGGUUGUAUAUAUGAUACCUGCUAUCCUUACUCUACUUGUUGGAUUUAAUCCUCUGAUCACAGGUAAUUGUAUCUGGAAGAAUCUUACCAAGCUGCACUUAUUCCUUUGUACUUUGGGAGCUGUUAACUUGGGCUUCUACCUCUUCCAUCAUUCAGAAAAGAAUAUCUUACAUGAGGAGGAAGGCAGAGAGAUGUUUGGACUUGGAAUCAUUAUAGUAUGGCUGAGUCUUUGUCACAUCACAACAAAAAAUCCAGUUGGUAGAAGAGUUCAAUUGAUUGUUACUAUUGCUAUUUCUCUUUGCCCAUUUAUCACAUGGUUCUACAUAUAUGUAAACAAAGAGAUGCAUUCCACUUGGCCAACACAUUGCAAGACAGCUAUUUAAAUGAAUAUUAUCAUUCUUUUCAUAAAAUGAAUAUUUUCACAAUUCAUAUUUGUCACAUUAUAUUUUAUUACAAGCUAGUCAAUUUAAGUAGUUAUUUCAUGAUUUAAGAUAUACUAGUAAAGGGUUUUGAUCCAAGAGCUCUUUAAUAAUGAAUGACUACAAUGCAGUCUAAGACUAUAUAGAAAUAAGAAGUCACUAGAAAUCUUUUUUUUAAAGAGGAAGUGCUAUGGCAUGUGGAAAGAAUACUAAUCUUGAGUCAUGGGAUUUGACUCUUACUCUGCACUAUUAUUUUUUACCUGUGAAACAAGUAAUUUAUCUUCUCUAGGAUUAUUUCUUCAUUUUUAAUAUGGCAAAAAUAUUAUUGUAUUAUUCACAAAGUUACAAAGUUGUGAAGAAAGCUGUGUUACUUAGCAGCUGGUCAACUUCUUGUUUAUUUCCUCAUCUAAAAAUGGAAGUACUUCCCCUACCUACUUCAUAAAAUUAUUUUGAUGAUUAAAUAAGGUAUUAUGUGGGAAUUCAAAAGUAUUACAAACCUGGGGUAUUAUUAUUACUUGGGGGUUUUUAAAUUUAAAGAGCAUGUUUAGUGGUAUACAUGUGAGAAGGCUAAAAGGAAGGGAAAAUGGCUCAGAUAUAGUUCCAAGACAAGAAACAGAAAGUCAAAUUUAUGAAUGGUUCACCUUACUGAACUAGUAUAAAAUAGAAGGAGCUCAGGUAUUCAUUAUAAUCUUUACAGGCAAUAAAGGAAUAUAUAUUCUGGAAAGAUAAGAAUAAAGGAAGUUUGGUAUGAUGGGGAAAUGUGGGGGCAGAUCAGGAAAUAGGAAAAGGAGUUAAAGGAGAAACAGACUAAAGUCUGGUCUUGAGUUUUUGUUAAGGAAAAAAUUUAGAUGAGAUAAAGAUGCAGUUUUUUAAGACUUUCCUAGGAUGCAGAGGUUAAAAAAUUAUAUAGAAUAUAAUCCCUAUAUUCUCAAAGUACUUACAACAUGAUAAACAAUAUGAUAUAGUGAAAAGAGCACUCAAGUUGGAAUCAAGUCUUGGGUUCAAAUCACUUAAGAAAACAAGUUAUUUGCA